AUGCAUAUGGAAAUGUUGUUGAUGACCCUGAGCUCUCCUUUGCAGAAGAGAAGUAAUGUUAAUCCUAAUGUUUUUAACGUUGGGUAUGUCCUUAAUGAUGAUGAUAGAGAUAAUUUAAAUGCUCCUUUUGAUGAUAAGGAGAUUAGAGCAGCUAUGUUUGGCAUUAAUGGUGACAAGGCUCCAUGGCCUGAUGGUUUUGGGAGUGCUUUUUUCAAGAAAUCUUGGAGUAUAAUAGGGAAAGACAUCAUUCAGGCCAAUUUUUUUUCAGAAUUCAGGCUUAUUAUGAUUCUAGGCAAAAUUAUUAGUGCUAGCCAGUCUGGUUUUGUUACAGGCAAAAAUAUUUUUGAUAAUAUCCUCUUGACUCAUGAGUUAGUCAGAAACUAUCAUAAGAAUAAGGGUAAUUCUUGUGCUCUGAAUAUUGAUUUACAUAAAGCUUAUGAUACCAUUAAAACUGUGAAGUAUUCUAUUCAGAUAAAUGGGGAAGUGUCUGGCCAAUUUGAUGGGGGAAGGGGGCUUAGGCAGGGUGAUCCCAUAUCCCCUCUGAUUUUUGUCUUGUGUAUAGACUACCUCUUAAGGUCUCCUGUCAUCAACACUAGAAGGGAUUUGUUGGCUAAAAUGCCAACUUGUAAAUCUUGUUCUUACAAAGCAAUAAAAGCUUCCAAGCACCAACAAUGGUGGAAACUAUGGAGGCACAAAACCCUAAGCUAUUCUACUCCUAAAAAAUGA